AUUUUUCUUUUCCAUGAUUUUGUUCCCACGUUUUCUUCGCAAAGCUUCCCUGGGGCGGUUUGGUUGGGCGAGAAAAUCAGGCUGAUAAUGUCCUGCACGCACGAUCACAACUGCGAGGAUCAUGAUUGUUCCUCCGAUUGGUCUCUCUAUAAGCACAUUGAUCUCUCCAAGGUAUCUGCUCUAAAUGAAGCUGUUUCUGGAAGUGUGAAGUCAGUUUUCAAAGCUUGGGAUCAGCGUCUGCAGUCUUCGGAGCAUUUGGAGAGCAAUGAGGGAGAUCCUGAAUUACUUGUUUUUGUACCAUUCACCUCAGAUGUCAAGAUCAAGAGCAUAUCUAUUAUUGGUGGUCCUGACGGAACAAGUCCUUCUAAGAUGAGAGCGUUCACCAAUCGUGAGGGGAUUGACUUCUCGGAUGUGCAGAACAUGCAAGCUGUUCAGGAGUGGGACUUAGUUGAGAAUUUGGAAGGAGUCUUAGAAUACCAGACCAGAUUUUCGAAAUUCCAGGGUGUUGGAAACAUCACAUUGCAUUUCCCUGACAGUUUUGGUGGUGACACAACUCAAAUUCGCUAUAUCGGUUUCAAAGGUGAAGCAACCCAGUUAAAACGGGAUGUCGUGGCAACAAUCGUCUACGAAAUCACGCCGAAUCCCUCAGAUCACAAGACAAGGAAUGAGGCAGGUGGUAUUGCACAUAUUGGAGAACACUAAGCCUUCGAAAAACGGAAACAAAAACUGUCUUUAACUGGUGAGCAGUCCACUUCUUCACUAACGUUUCUAUGUUGUGCAAGACUAGAGUUGCUUUGUUGUCCGGUUUGGUCUUGGUCUUUCACAUAUACUUUAAGAUCAAUAACCGGCGUUUGGGUUUCCAUAAAAACCGGUUCGGUUUUCGAUGGUGCAGAAGUGUCACAAAUAUAGAUUGUAUGAGCAAAAAAACACGUACAAAAGAUUGUGUGAAGCCAAAGUCAUAUGGAAGUGAACACAAUCUUUUGGCUUAAAUCGAAACUCACAAUUGUUGAAUA